GACAUACCAUUCUCUGCGCAAGCAGCGGGAGACACGCGCGACUUUGGCCAAUCUGUUCCACGUUCGUCCGCCAUUAUAUAGCGCCGUGGCAACGAGUUACGUACCGUACCGUACCGUGGCCGCUAUUCUCCGGCGAGUGAGAAGAGUGCGCGACGCGACGCUUACCGACGCUCGGCGUCGCCGAGUCGAGCGAGUCGUGCGAACGAGUUCGAGCGAGCGAGCCAGCCAACGUCGGGGGAGUAACCAGCCGAAAAGCCCGAGCUAAGCCCAGCGCUGCUGUUAUCGCUACUGUUGGAGCAGCGCGGUCCCGAGCGGAGGAGUGCGAGUGAUCGCGCGAAGGGAGCGUCCGAGAGUGUCGGGAGAGUGUCGCUCGACGCGGCCACGCCGUCGCCGCCGAGUCGCGGGGAAGCCGGCGCGUUCCCCGAUCCCGUGCCGAGGGGAAAAAGAGAGAGAGAGAGAGACAUGGAGAACAGACCGUCGCCGCUGCGCUCGCGGCGCGUCUGCCGAUUCUGCCUGACGGAAGCGGAACCGUUGAGCUUCAUUUACGAGCGCGACCACAACAAGCCGUUCCAGGUGCCGCUCACGCUGCAAAUCAUGUCCUGCGUCGCCAUCGAGGUGUACGCUGCGGAUGGGAUGCCACAAAUGAUUUGCAGCAUGUGCCGCUGGAACCUGGACCGUUCAUAUAAAUUCAAACUGCAAUGUAAGAAGGCUGAUGAGGCGCUACGAGACUAUCCUCUGUCUGGGGUAUUGCCCAGACCUUUCCCGCCCAUUCCCAACGAUCCUCCGAUAGAGACCGGCAACAAGAGACCUGCCGAAUCCAGAUUGCAGCAUGAUAGCGCCAAAAAGCCACGUUCCGAUAACGAUAAUCAGAGAGAUACCCGAGAGAGACGCGAGACGAGAGAAAGAGAAAGGGAAAAGGACAGACAGAAUGAAAAGAAGGAUAAGUCUAGUGACCGCCACGAUCUUUACGAGGAGCAGGAUGGAGGUAGCGAGGGUGAGCAGGAGGAAGCAAACAACAUCAAGGAAGAAAGAAAACUGGAGCCCGGAGAGAUCAGAGUGCACGCUUGUGAUCAGUGCGAGCGCACAUUCCCCCUACGUCAGGCUCUGGCGUUGCACAUUCAGCGCGCACAUCGCGAUCGCAACUACAAGUGCACCGAGUGCGAACGGCAUUUCUUCAGUAAGUAUGACCUUAACAAGCAUAUGAGCACGCAUUCGGAGGAAAAGCCUUUCUCAUGCACGAUCUGCCAGAAGCAAUUCUCGCGCUUGAACUUGUUGCAACGUCACGAGAAGGUGCAUCGAGAUGAAGCUCGUUACGCUUGCCAGCACUGUGAUCGCGAAUUCUUCACCACGGAGGAGCUCGAGAAGCACGAGGACGCGAUGCACAAAAAGGACAAGCCGUUCCAGUGCAACAUCUGCAACAAGCGCUUCCAGUACAAGCAGGGCUUGGAGCGGCACGAGAUGCUGCACAGCGAGGACAAGACGUUCGUUUGCGACUACUGCAAGGAGGCCUUCCACACCAGCACCAAGCUGGCCCGGCAUCUAUCCACGCACGCCGGUCACCGGCCGUUCAUGUGUAAAUUGUGCCCGCGCACGUUUUUGCUCUCGCAUCACUUGACGAGACACAUGCGAACCCAUUCCGUCGAGAAACGCCACGUGUGCGAGGAUUGCGGUAAAGCGUUCAAGCGUAAGGAGAGCUUGGAAGUGCAUCAGCUGACGCACACGAAGCGCACGGGAAUGGGCCUCACGUGCGAUGUCUGCCAAGAGUCCUGUCGCAAUCGCGCCGAUUACGUCACUCACAUCAAGCAACAUAUCGAGGCGGGCGAGAAGAUGGGUCCGGACGGUCUGCAGCCCGACAACAAGAACAAGUCCCUCGAGCUAGAUUCGGACGAAGAUGAGGAGGAAGAGGAUCAGUAUUCAGACGGCGACGAUGAUUACACGCCGCCAGCUUAUAUCGCGAAGAAAAUACCGAAGGCAAUACCCAGAGCUUCGGAAAGUGAAGAGGAGGAGGAAGAUGAUGGAGAGGACAAGGAAGAGAAAGCCGAAAGGCAGGAAAAGGAAGAACGCAAGGAGCACCAGGUGGUUUACCUGCGCAACAAGGACGGCAACAUGGUCAAGAAGACCAUUAAGACACUGAUGCCAAUCCAACGGCGCGAUAUUCAAGAACAGAAGACCGUGAAACAGAGCACUCCUACCGGUUCCGUUUCUCAGAGCAGUUUGAAACCUUCUUCCUCGCCGCAGAUCAAGGAAGAGAACGUCAAGAGCAGCCGCGUUGACGAGACCGAGGCGCAGGUGCAAAAGAUUGUCGCCUCGGUAUUUAAGGAACACAAGAUCCCGCUGAAACAUCAGCAAAACGCCGGCCAGGAUCAGUCUAAAGAUCCAGCAGCUCCAGUGACGAGAUCCCAGACUGCUUCUCAGGAGGUUCACAAGGAUAACGACAUAAAGACGGAGACUUCUAUUACGGCCACUCCGAAAGCCGUUAAUACGGUUAAAGUGAUUAAAAGAAUCGUGUUGAGGAAGUCAGCGGGAACCAGUAACGAGGGAACACCGGUCAGUACACCCGGUGUCAAGGAUGGAGACACCAGCAGCACUCCGGGCUCGCACAAGGUUAAGCGUGUGAUUGUUCGUAGAAUCAUCCGUCAGGGCGAUACUACUCGCGAAGUCAUCAUGAAUCCAGACGGCACCGCGAUAGACCCCGCGGAAUUGGCCAAGUUGCCGACUGGUAACGUAGUGAAGCGAGUAGUGGUGAAGCGGCCGUUCGACAAGAGUCAGAGCCUGGUGCAAGCGGUACUGCAAUCCGCGGAGCAACGUCAGAAAGCAGCCGAUACGUGCAUCCUGAACGAGAAGUUCGAAUUGAAGACGUCCCCUUCACCCAGCGGCGGAGCUGCGAAGAGCUCGAUCGCUUCACAGAAGGCACAGGUGAUUUCCCAGGGUCAGGAUCAGGAGACUAAGGAGAAGCUGGAACAACUGGAGAAGCGAGUCGAGCAGCAAAGGUUGAAGAUUGAGGAACUCCAAGCCAGGAAGGCGCAGCAAGAUUACGAGGCAAUCGAUGAGAUGUUGCCGGAACGACACGACGAAUCCGAAGAUGAACAGCAGCUACCGCUCAAGAGGGUGUUCGUGAAACGAAAGCAGAGUAUAUACGACGAGGAGCGAGAAUACAAUGACGACGUGGAAACGGAAGCGACGAAGAUCACUCCGACCCAAGAAGUGAAGGACAACGUCGAGCAAGAAUCGGUGAAGGAAGAGGAGAAAUCCAUAGAAGAGACACUGGAAAAUGUUCAGAAGGAGAUUCAGAGCGCGUCGAAAACCACGACAACCACCACCGCCAGUAACAGCAGCCCUACUACCACGAAUAAUACCACGAGCACACCCUCUAAGAAGGGUCCGACGAUUUCAAGCAACAAGGUGUACUCGAACAAGCGCUACAUGAUCGUCAAAUCUGGCGAGGCGUCAGAAGUGGAGGAGAUGAGUCGCGAGUUGUGCAGCAUCCUAGAAACGUCCGACAACGUGGUGAAGAUGCAGGAGACUAUGCUGAGCGAUCUCACGCAAAUUUCCGGUAUCGCAACGUCAGCAGCACCAGAGAUAAACACGUCGAGCGCGUCCGCGAAGCUGAAGACCGUCAACUCGUCGAUGGAAGUCGACGAGCACAUUGAGCAAGAUUGCACGAUAGAUUGCGACGUGGCCAAUAUCAAGGAAGAGACCGCGAUGGAGGUGGAGGUUGCGCAGGAGACGGAAAUUAAGUUGGAUCCCGAGGCGGACGAGGUUGUACAGGUGAGCGCUACGCAAGAAGAGACUCAGCCCGAGGGUGCAACUCUGACGCUGGACACUCAGGAUCUUUCUGAGACUGCCUCGAUCUUCGAGUCGUCGGAUGACGUGCUGGAAGUACGGAAAUCGACGGACGAUAAUCUGACCGAAUCCGUUAUCGAGCUAUCGCAAGCUAACGACACCAUCAAUCUGAACGAUACCAACGACAGUCAAGACAGCCUGGAAGAUAAACUCUCGCAAAUGGAAGGUUAAAAAAGGUUUGAUUCUAUUUUAUUUCGUUUGUCUAUUUUAUUCAAGUGCUACGUCAAGUAAAAAUCUCGAAUUUGCUAGAUCCGAGAUCCUCUCGCACUAAUUAAUUUUGAUAAUAUUAGUAAAUCGCGCUGUUUAGUUUAAGUAACGUCAAUAUUAGCAUCCAGGAUUAUGGAGCGUAUUAUUACUGGAUUAAUGUUUAUGUAAUAGUUAUACCAAUAAAACAGAUGAUAUAAUAUUGCAGUUAUGAAGCAAUAAAAUUAAUUUUGCAUGCAAAAGAAACUUUAGAAUCACUUUAAUUUAAAAAACAAAGUUUAAAA